CUUACACGUGGCUAUCAGCUGAUGCGUGCGCGUUCUCGAGCUUCCAGGCUCGUAACAUACUCCAGUGAUAUGAUGUGUUCCGUCGGAAGAAGUUUAGACUCGUUACUAACAUAAUCGCAAUGACCUAAAAAUUCUGAUCGACUGACCCUUAGAUUGCUUUCCUUGCACAAACGAAACCCAAACUCGAGAUGGAAACCUCUAUUUUACAGUAAUGAAUUGACAUUUGAGAAACGAAGAUAUAAAAGAUGGCAGACGAAACAAAGAAAUUAGCACGCUGGUAUUUUGGGGGUCUUUCUUCGGCAGGUGCCGCCUGCAUCACUCAUCCUCUUGAUCUGUUAAAGGUUCAUUUACAAACGCAACAAGAAGGGAAGAUAUCUAUUCUGAGAUUAACAGGCUCUAUAGUACAGAAACAAGGAAUUUUAGCUUUGUACAAUGGACUUAGUGCUUCUUUACUUCGCCAGCUUACCUAUUCCACCAUGCGAUUUGGCGCAUAUGAAGUAGGUAAACAAACAUUUGAGACACCAGGACAUUCGUUACUGUUUAGUCAAAAGUUGUUAUUGGCUGGUGUCUCUGGGGCAGCUGGUGGUGUCAUUGGCACACCUGGGGAUGUGAUCAAUGUACGAAUGCAAAACGACAUAAAACUCUCGCCAGAACUCAGACGGAAUUACAAGCACGCUCUAGACGGAAUAGUGUGCAUAGUUCGACAAGAAGGCGUAACUAAAUUGUUUAGAGGAUGUUCCACCGCAACGUUAAGAGCAGCACUAAUGACUAUAGGACAGUUGAGUUUCUAUGAUCAAAUUAAAAUCAUGCUGCUACAAAGCGGUUACUUUAAGGACAAUCCAGCGACUCAUGUAUUGUCCAGCGUAAGCGCUGGUGCUAUAGCUACAACUCUUACGCAACCGUUGGACGUUUUAAAAACACGAGCAAUGAACGCUAAACCUGGAGAAUUUAAGGGUCUAAUGGAUCUAUUUUUCUACACUGCAAAGCUUGGGCCACUAGCAUUCUUUAAAGGCUAUGUACCUGCAUUUAUCAGAUUAGCUCCACAUACCAUUCUAACAUUCGUACUCUUGGAACAACUGAGAUCCAACUUUGGAUUUUAUCCCUCCGGAAAUUCAACGUCGUAGACUAAUACAGAGUAUUCAGAAGCUAUUGAAAACUAUAACGAACUAAAUGCGUAAGUCAAGCUUACAAUUUUAAACUAUUGUUGUGGGUGCGUAACUGUGUCAUAUUAUAGACAGGCAGGAUUAUGUUAAUGAAGGUCGUUCUGUCAACUAAUGCAGUGCAAUAGUGAGUUGAUGUUAAUUAUAUCAAAAAAUUACAAAGAAUAUGCAGAUAGCGUGGAUCGUUAUCUUAGGUAUAAUUAUCAUCAAGGAUGGUCUGAUGAAAUAUUGUGCAACGAAAAACUAUAAUAAUUAAACGUUUCAAUAUUUCUGUGACCACCGUGCAGCUCACGUUUAAAAUAAAUAUAUAUAUAUAUAUUUAGAACUUCUAGUAUAUUUGUUAACAUAAUCCUGAUGACUCUGUCUAAUCAUAGAUAUAAUAUUUUUGAAAUAACUGAAUUUCCGUGUUUUCUUUAUUAUACAAUAUUUGACUGUUAACGUUGGAACUUAACCACCAUCCACUGUUUAUACUGUUGCAUUACUAUUUUCGAAAAUUGUACUAGGAUAUAUUGGCACAAAUGAUAACAGUACACAUUUAUUUGAUUGCACAAAUAUUGUAUGUAUAAGAAUAAUCAUUAUCUGAAGGAGAGGUGUACAAAUGUAUAUUCUUGAAAUUAGUUUAUGUGAGAAGAAAGAUCUAUUUUCUAUUAUUAAAAUAAGGUCUUUUCAUGAUAGUUGGAGCAUAUAUUCGAUCUUCUUCACAAAGAAUAUGUUUGCACAAUAUCAAUAAACUAAUUUCAAUCACUGAUCGAGCUAUAAUAUGUAAAUAAAUUAUAGUUAAUUGCUGCCUGUAAUUCCACAAAUAAUAGUGAUUUGCAGGACUAGAAAGAAUUAUUAGUAUAUAAGUAGUUAAUUAAAACAGUAUCGGCGAAAUGUAAAUGAAAAGCAGAGAAAUCUAUACAUAUAUUAUAAUCGUAUCAUUUUCAUUGUGCAAACAUAUUUUGUUUCACAAAAUGCUCGAUUACUAUGAGAAUGCCUAAUUUUAAUUUUUCUCUCGAGCGAUUGAAAAUUAUUUCAAUUACUUGCUAACUUUUGUAAAUUGUUUAACAAUGAAAUAUCAAAAUGUUUGUAUCCUCGCUAUUUCAUUUCAAUUAGAUACAAAAUAAUACAUUCCACAGAUCUAUUUCUAUACUUGCGUCUUGAUACGACUUUAUACGCUUAUAUUUUAUUAAAUAACAUUCGAACAAAUACUGUACUCUUUUUACAAGCUAUUAACGAACUUUGAUGAAAAUAUAUUUGUAUGGAAAGGGUAUUUUACACUGAUUCUACAUGUUAUUAAAUUAUUUUGAAACGGACAGAUUGUACUUCGUCAAAAUAAAUUUAAAUUGCAAUUAUGUAUUUCUUAAGUUUUUCUCUGUGUGAUAAUAAUUAAAUGUAUGUAUUUAAAAAUAUUAAUUGAUGCUUCAAACAUAUAAUUGUUAUUAGAAAAACUAGGAAACUGUUGAAUUGGUUCAACAACAAGCACAAAUAAUUAUUGGGAUGGAUUUGUCAUUUAUAAGGUGUAUGUUAUUGCUUUGAUAUAAUAGUUUGCAUUUUUAGAUCAAAAUGGCUGUGUAUAGUAAAAAAGAUACAUUAAACUUGGAAUUUAUUGAUAUUCCAUACAAAAAUUGUUAUUAUUGAAUUUAAUUUGUAAAGCCUAAUAAAAUUACUUGG